AUGGUUCAAUACAAACUAGUGUAUUUCAAUGGCCGUGGCUUAGCAGAAGCCUCUCGACAACUAUUCCAUCUGGCCCGAGUUCCAUUUGAAGAUCAUCGGCUUACAGAGAAAGAGUUUGAGCAUUUGAAACCAAGUUAGUUGUUUUUGUAGCAAAAAAAGAGCACAUGAUAUCUUCAGCUCUUCCAACGGGACAAGUUCCGAUUCUUUACAUUGAUGGGCUCGAAUAUUCUCAAUCCACCGCUAUUGCCAGGUACUUGGCUAGAAAAUUUGGUAAUUUUAGCCCAGAUGCAAAAAAAAACUGUUUCUUAUUUAAAGGUUUCUCUGGAAAGACUCCAGAAGAAGAAUUGUUAGCUGAUGGUAUUGUAGACACUUUCAAAGAUUGGAUCAACAGUUUCAAGCUACUAGCAGAAGUGAUUUUAUUUGGAAAAACACCAGAAGACGUGGUUUGUUCUCUUUUUUUUGUUGAAAAUAUCAUUGUUUUUUAACAUCAGAUGAAAGUACGGGAAGAAGUUGCGAAACCAGCAGCCAACGUCUACUUUUCCUAUCUCAACAAGAUUCUGGCCAAGAACUCGUCUGGAUUUCUGGUCGGAGAUUCGUUAACGUGGGCGGAUUUGGUGGUCGCCGACAAUUUGACUUCUUGCCUGAAUACUGAAGUGUUGGACGAAUCAGAAGAGCCCAGAUUGGCAGAAUUCAGAAGAACGAUUCUGAAGACUGAGGAGUUGAAGGACUAUUUUGAGAAGAGACCAGUUACCACUUUGUAA